AAUAUUUUUUUUGACUUUAAAAUACUUGUAAAAGAUGAAAUUAUUCCUUGUCAUCGUUGCGUGCUGGCAGCAUGCAGUGACUUUUUCAGGUAAUGUUGCUUGUAGUAUGAUUUUGAAGGGAAUGGAUAUUUUUAUGUUCUUGGUAGGGAAAAUAUAACCAUAUAUAUUUAUAAAAUAGAUCAGCAUGACUUGUAUUUAUUCUUAGUUUUGAGUAUUAUAUUAAAGAUCGUUAAAUUUAUGCAUGUAAUACAUAUGUAUUAUAACCAUAUAUGUAAGCUAUGUAUACUUUCAUUAGGAUUCUAAUCUGGGCCUAAAUUUAGACAUGCAUAUUAGAAAAAGUAGAAUGGCUCUGAAUCUGAAGUGCACAUGCAGAUCAUGAAUAUAUUUUAUAUUAUAGUAAAUUAGUCCACAACAUUAUAGAAUAAACUUCAUAAUAAAUUUUACAAUUUUUCUGAUGCGUUAAGAAGGGAGAUGUUUGGUUUAAAUGUAACUUAAAAUCUAAGGUUGAUUUUUAUUUUUUUCUUAUUUUUUACAAAUUUGUCCAAAUGUCAAAUUCAGCACCCAGACAAUAAAUGGGUUGGUCAACUUUCCUUAUGGUACCAGGAUUUAUAAAGGUUAAUGAAUUAUUUUUGCUCAUCCAUAUAAAGGAUAUAGCUUUUCUAUUACAACAUGACUAAUCUUCAUUACCAAAGAAUCUUGUUAAUCUUUGUUCUAGUAAGGCACAAAUAUGCAAAUCUACACUGAAAGUAUAUUUCCAGGUAUACUGUUCACUGAAGCACAAAACAUGUUUUUCUUUGCUGAGGAAUUAAAACUACUGAAAAUGAGGUAAUAUUAUCAAGAAGGCAAAAGCGGAGUAACAUAUCAUUGCCUAGCCCAGCCCCUGCCAUGAACUGAAGCUCUGAGAUGCUCAAGCCAUGUUUGAAGUUAACAUGAAAGAAAGAGAUGAUGGGAGCGUUACUAUAAGUAAUUUGUCACCUAAGGCAGUGAAGGCUUUUCUUGAUUAUGCCUAUACAGGAAAAACAGAGAUAACAAAUGAUAAUGUGGAAAUGCUCUUCCAGUUGUCAUCAUUUCUUCAAAUUUCACUCCUUUCCAAAGCUUGCAGUGACUUUCUAGUAAAAACUAUCGAUCUUGUCAAUUGUUUACAAUUGCUUUCCUUGUCAGAAAGUUAUGGGUCUGUUCAUUUGUUUGAUCAUACACUAGAAUUUGCACUGCACCAUUUUUCCUUUUUGCUCAGAUCCGCUGAUUUCUUGGAGAUGAAUUUUGAGAUAUUACAAAAAUGUCUUGAAGCAGAUGAAUUAAAUGUCCCUGAGGAAGAAACUGUGCUGAAAGCUGUCCUUCAGUGGACCAAACAUAACUUAGAAACAAGACAGAAGCAUCUGCCUCAGUUGAUUAAAAAAGUGAGAUUACAUCAUUUAUCUGAAAAGACCCUGCAGGACUUUUUGCACUCUGAAGAACAUUUGUUUAAGAGUGCUAAUUGCUUAGUAAUAAUGAAUGAUGCAAUUAAAAGUGUGCAACAUUCCAGUGGACUGUUUCCAGAUGCUCGCCCUUCAACAACAGAAAAAUAUAUAUUUGUUCACAAAACGGAAGAAAAUGGAGAAAUCAGGCAUACAUUUUGCUAUAAUAUCAAAACUGAUAAAUGGAAAGAGCUGCCACAUACACACAUGAUUGAUCUGCCAGGCUCAAGUUUAUGUAGUUAUGGAGAAAAGAUAUUUAUAACUGGUGGGUGCAAAGGGAACUGCUGUAAGACUAUUAGACUUCAUAUUGCUGAGCCAUUUCAUGAUGCUACUGACCAGACCUGGUGUUACUGUCCAGUCAAAAAUGAAUUCUCUUUGGUGUCACCUAUGAAAAAAACAAGGACAAUGCACACAUCUGUCAUGACCCUAAAUCAGUUGUUUGUAAUUGGUGGAAAAACCCAAGGAGCACAAGACACAAGAAGUCUUUUGGAUGUAGAGUCUUAUAAUCCUCUCUCCAAAAAAUGGAAAUCUGUAAGCCACUUACCAAGAGGCAUAUACUAUCCAGAAGCAAGUGCAUGUCAAAAUAUAAUUUAUGUCCUUGGCUCUGAAGUAGAAAUUACUGAUGCCUUUAAUCCAUCCCUUGAUUGUUUCUUUAAGUAUAAUGCUAUGACCGAUCAGUGGUCUGAGCUUGUAGCAGAGUUUGGACAGUUCUUUCAUGCAACGUUAAUCAAAGCUGUUCCCGUGAACAGCACGUUGUACAUAUGUGACCUUUCCACCUACAAGGUUUACAGUUUUUGCCCAGAAACUUGUGUUUGGAAAGGGGAAGGAUCUUUUGAAUGUGCUGGCUUUAACGCAGGAGCAGUUGGAAUAGAAGACAAAAUUUACAUACUAGGUGGUGACUAUGCUCCAGAUGAAAUUACAGACGAAGUGCAAGUCUAUCACAGUAACAGGUCUGAGUGGGAGGAAGUCUCACCAAUGCCAAGAGCCUUAACUGAGUUUUACUGUCAGGUAAUUCAGUUUAACAAAUGCAGGGACCCGUGGUUCUCUCUUUUGGCAGAGUGCUCUGAAGGAUUUUAAAGGUUCAUAAGGUCAAAAUAGCAUACUUAAGUUUUAACUGUUUAAAAGCUGUUUAAAAAAAUCCUGUAAGUUUUAUUUAUUUUAAACCUCUUCUGUUUAAAAUGUAUUCAGUAGGAUUGUGUGUACAUAUAUUUUGUUGUUCAUAACUAAACAUCUUAAUGGGAUGAAUUAAGAUUUUUUUUAUCCUGGUAGAGGGAGUCUAGACACAGCAUUGUCUCAAUUUUCACUUGCUGCACUGACUUUAGCAAGGGUAAAUACCAAAGAAGCCUUGAUCUUCACAAAGCAUUCAGUCUGAAUACUUAACCUGAAGACAGUAGUCAUUUCUACAGUUUGAUUUUUUUUUUAUCUCUUCCUUGUGGCCUGUUUCACUCGCUUCUUGUGCCUUGGUAGUAGCCAUACUUGCUGUUUUAAUUCUGGCCUUGUGGUAAGGUAAUAUCUUGAUACUGACACCUUUCUACAAGGAUUGCUGUAUUGUAUGUGGCUCACACAGUAACUUCUUGCAGCUGUACAGAUAGUUAUCUCAGUAGUGCUACCAGCCACAGGUAGGCCAAAAGAGAAGGUCUAACCUAAGUCUUCCAUCUGUCAAGCAUAGAAUGCUACUUACUAAGCCACUGUUAAGUGAACUGGGAGGCACAAGUUUGUAAUAAAACUGCUUCAGUGAACUAAAUUGGAAGAGUCCAUAUAACAUUGUAUAUAAAAUGCUAAGUAGAGAACAGAAAUAAAUCCUCCAUCUGUAUAAAUUAAAAUGGACAUGUUUCUGAAGUCAAGUCACUGCAUUUUUUAAAAUUAUAAAUAAAAUUUUAACUAAACUAAAACCAUUCAAGAUAUGUACUUUCACCUUGUACCCAACAAUCCAUUUUGGAUGUACAUAUCACAUGAUAAUCACUACUCUAAAUAUAUUGCUUGAGAAAAUAUUAUGGUAAGCUAAUAUAAUAAUGGUAACGUUUCAGUGAAACAUUUCAUUUGGCAAAUUUAGCACUCUACUUCCAAAGUAGAGUUGUCUUUCAUGGA